AUGGAUCACGCAACUUUCAUCAAGAAAGCCAUCGAUGCCUACGAAGACAAUUUGAAAGAGAUCAAUCGAAAGAUCCACGAAAACCCUGAGCUUGGAUACAAUGAAGUUCUAGCACAUGAUAACAUCACAUCUAUGCUCAAAGAGCUAGGCUUUUCUGUAACCACGGGCGCUUACGGUAUUCCAACCGCUUUCUCUGCUCAAUUUGGCAGCGGAGGUCGUCUUGUAACCUACAAUGCCGAAUACGAUGCUUUACCCGACAUCGGGCAUGCAUGUGGGCAUAAUCUCAUUGCCACAUCCUCAAUCGGAGCAUUCCUAGGUCUUGCCUCUGCACUCCAAGAACAGAGAGUUCCCGGUCGAGUGCGACUCUUGGGAACUCCAGCCGAGGAAGGAGGUGGAGGAAAAUUGAAGCUCAUCGAUGCAGGUGCUUACAAAGAUGUCGAUGCGUGCAUGAUGGUUCAUCCGUAUAUGAGAGAUCCCAGUGAUGGGCUUGUGGGUUCUGCAUAUAGUACGACGCCUGCGAAUCACAAGUUUAAGAUUCAUUAUACGGGGAACCCUUCACAUGCUGCUAUGGCUCCUUGGGAGGGCAUCAAUGCUCUUGAUGCUGUUGUUCUGGCGUAUAACGCUAUUAAUGCAUUGAGACAGCAGAUUAAACCAUAUGAAAGAAUUAAUGGAAUAAUCGAAUCAGGCGGCAUAAGACCAAACAUCAUUACAGCCAGUGCAGGAUUGGUAUAUUAUAUCAGAAGUGCCACUCUCAAGGAAGCCGAUGAUCUCAAAGCAAGGACUAUGAAAUGCUUUGAAGGAGCUGCUAUCGCAACAGGUUGCACUGUUGAGUUUGAAGAAAUAAAUACGUAUGCCGACACAAGACCCAACAAAACAAUAUGUAGCCAAUACGCAGCUGCUAUGGCCGAUAUGCACCAUCCCGUUGAAUGUGAUUUCAAGCAUGUUGAAAACACUCCCGGUUCAACAGACAUGGGCAACGUAACCCACGAAGUACCCGGAUUCCAUGGCUGGUACGGCAUCACCUCAACAGCAUCAAAUCACACUUCCGAAUUCACACUCGCAGCCGCCACCCCAGAAUCGCACAAUAUCACUAUUGUAACUGCAAAAGCGAUGGCGAUCGCCGGCUGGAAUAUUCUUACUGAUGAUUGUGUUGCGGAGAAUGUGAGGAGGGAUUUCGAGGAUGAUAGGGGCUUGAGGAAUAAGUUUAGAAUUAUGGGGUCUAUGGGAGGGGUUUGCUGA